UAGAAAGCAGGUAAAAAGGGGCAGCCCAGCUCAACCCAGCCCAACAGUGGGACCCUAUAAGAUCCGCGCCUGAUUGAAGCGUUUCAAAAGCAUCCCUAACCCAACGGUACAAUUUCAUCUCCUCCGAUACUCACACACAAUUACUCAAUUCACUAAUUCUUUCAUAGUGUUGUCGUAGCAAACCAUGGAGCAGAUAAAAUCUGAACAGAUCAGAAAAACUGUCGAUGCUCAAAAUUUUGAUUCCACGACUGUAAAGUCGAGUGAUCUUCAGAGUGAUGUUUUAUCUCGGACACCAGCUAAAGCGAAUGAGACUCUACCUAGCAGGGACAGAAGAGAAGCAACUGAACUUCCACAAAAAUACAAGACUAUGGCAGAGGUUUUUAAUCGUAUGACUAGUUCAUUGAGGUUGCUAAGUCUGCGAAAAAAGUCUCCUACUUUUAAGAAUGUUUCUUCUCAAGUUCAAAUACUUGCACGAAGGGAGUUCUCAUACAAACAUCUUGCACAAAUAAUGUAUAUCCUCCCUGAAGCUGUCAAGACUGAUAGGAUACUGAUCCAUAAUGAGAAGACGAUGUGCAUGGAGCCAGAAAUGAAAAUUACAUUGCUGUUUGAUAUCGUGAAAGGUCAUGAUGAGGGUUCUGAUUAUCUGGCUCUGUUUGUGUUAUUCACUUCUAGGCUCUUCGAUUUUCUCUCUGCAAAUACUGAGGGCUGUGAAAUCCCCGAGGCAGAACUUCCUGAGCCUUUCAACAAACAGAGUAUAAACAUCACUGAAGACUCAUUGACAUUGGAUUCAUCCACAGUACCAACACCUACUCUUGGUGAAGCUGAAUUAUCAAAUGCUUCUAACUUACCUUCAUCUUUCAGUAGACACUUCUCUCAGAAAGCAAUAACAGAAAGGACUCAACUCUUAGCAUCUGCAGAUCCUCUCUUGCCUACUAAAUGUGAUAGCCUGACGCAAGAAGAUACUGAACCACAAAAACAGUCUCCUGCUUCAUGUGUAGAUUCCACCAUUUCCACAAACCCAGUAGAAUUGACUAAGCCCCCAUGCUUUAACCCCAUUACAUGUGAGAACACCCCUAUAAAGUUUACAUCAGAAAAAGAAAAUUUGAUGGUCGAAACACCUGCGCAAAUGACACCUCAGAGAUCACUGCCUAGUUGUGAUGUUAAGUUGAAGACUGGAUCGGUAUUACAAAAGACAACAAGCAGUUUGUCUGCUAAAAGGACUUUAGAUUUUUCAUACUCUGAAGGCAAGGGCAGAAUUUUGGAUUUCGGUGAUGACAUUACGGAGCAUGGAGAAGUUGCACAUAAUACAAGGCCCGGAAGAGAAACAACUGAUGUUGUGGAAAAUGAAACUGCUUGUUUGGCUGUUCCUCCUGUAAAGGUCCACAGCUGCACCUCCGAUAAUAGCAUUUUCAAUCAAAGUGGAUCAACAUCAAGAAAGCAGAUUCUUUCUUGUCUGCCUGACAUUGUUGUCGUCGUUAAUAAUAUCUUUCAGUGUGCUGACCGUACUUCAAUCACCAAGGAGGAACUUGUGCAUAAAAUAAUUAUGAAUAAUCUUGAUAUUGUUGAGAGAAGGGUGGUUGAAGAACAAAUAGACCUUCUUGAGAAGCUUGUUCCAGAUUGGAUUGGCAAGAAGUUGGCUCCUAGUGGUGAUAUCUUGUACAAUAUUAAGAAAGUGUCUGAUCUGAAGUCCAUCUCGGAAAGGCUCAUCUGCAUUUAAGCAAGUUUUAAAGAUCUAGCUAAUCAAUCAGGUUGAAAACAAUAUUUUUGUUAAUAAGAGAGGUGUUCGUGUGCAAGAGGUGUUAGGAUCAAGCAGUCUCGCCAUGUCUUAUUGGUGCCAGACUUGUGAUAUGUACUAAAUUAUCGUUACGCUUUUCCAGAUUGUUAUGUAUGCGAGUGCACAAUCAAACUUUAUCAUAUUUAGAUGAGAUCCGUUAUCACGAAUUUGAAACUUUGCAAUUCGGAGUUGUUCUGAUUUCAUAAUAACGUGGCACACAAUCUUAAUUGUAAUUGGUUGAUUUAUAUGUA